UUCAGAAUUAGAUUCAUUAAUCUUGUGGGUACCACUGACGCCAUUAUUCAUAAUUUCUAUUUCCUGUGCACCAGCAAACAGGCAACAGGAACCGUUACUAUACCGUUGUUAAUAUUGUCGAGCUAAUAUUUUUUAAAUUAAAUUUAUUUUGAUUUAUUAUUUAUUUUUACGAGGUUCAGUCGGCUUUCGAUUGUCACUGUUUCGCGUAUCGCGCAUGUCCUCAUUGCAACACUCAUCUUAGUAUUGAUCGGUCGCUUCUACAUAGGGCAUUGUUUAAUUCGCAGGCUGUUGUGUAGCUUUCGGUUUGUCCAUUUAAACAAUUUGUUGUGCCGUGUGCUCAUCAUCGUUCAACAAAUACCUACGUUACCGACUUCUACAGUAAAAUAAACCUCCAAUAUUGGUGUUCGUGACAUCAUUUAGUAGGCAAUUAUCGUGAAAAGCAGUAUCUAAGAACAAAAUCAAUAUGGGGCAAGUAGUCUCCGUAGAGGAAUUCAAUAAUAAUGAUCUGACCAAUUUAAUGAUUUUUAAAAAUCUCAUCAUUCAGCGAAGCAAUGAAAACGUUUUUAGAUGUGUCGAUAGUUACAACUACAUGGCCAAGUCAUCAUUAUCUAGUGGUAUUUUGAAUUUGGGUAUACACCAUAUGCAGUUAGAUGCACAAACUGUGAAUGCUAAAGGUUUGGAAUAUUUAUCGAUUUUACCCGGACAUAAGUUCUUGAACAUUGGUUGUAAAAUUGGUUAUUUUAAUACUGUUGUUGGCUUGUUGCUAGGUCCGAAUGGUAUCAACCAUGGUAUUGACAUGAAUCAGUCGUAUAUUGACAAAGCUCAUCAGAAACUUAAUGAAUUCAAAAUGAACUCUACUGGAAUAGAUUAUUAUGACUUCUGCGAACCAAUGUUUAUUUACGGUAAUGUUAUGAAUUUGUCGCCAGUGUGUCAAUACGAUAGAAUUUAUAGUCCAUGUUCUUUACCGUUAAUACCAUAUAUAAGUGUAAUCAUAUUUAAAUUACUUAAGAUCGGUGGGAUUUUAGUUAUGGUGUCAGAUGGUCACCAUAUAAAGAUAACAAGAGUGACUGAAAAACGAUUCAAAACUGAUAAUUUUUUAUCAAUAGAAGCUGAAACUAGAUUGAUUAAGAAAUUAAAUCCGGAAGAAAUAAAGUUUCCCACGGUGGAGCAAUUAAACUUACAAGAGUUGUGUAGAUUGAAAAUUCGUUUGUCUCUGCGUGAAUAUUUAUUGGAUUCUAACCCAGAUUUAAAAAUCCGUUCGAAGUGCCCGAUAAAUUAUAGUGCCCGAAAACAAAGUAUUGCAGAUCUGAUUCCAGAUAUGUUAAAAUUACGAGUAUGUUCCUUGUUAGAUGUUGGAUUUAGCUUAAGAAAAAAAUUUGAGGAAGAAUUUAAAGACUUUCGUAGUUUACGUAGAAGUGCACGUGAACAAUAUCGACGCUCCAAACUUAUUAGUAGCGGCUUUGACUUUACCAAAUGGAACAUAUUUACAAAGGGGUUUGUCGAUGAAACAGCAGAAGGAGAAGAAUUAAAAUAUGGUGGCGGUCCUUUUAGUAUUAAAAUAGAUGAUCCGGAUAAGGUAUACAAUGAAAUGAUGAGAAGUUAUAUCAAAGAGAACAACAAGUACAAUUUUGUACAUAAACGUCAGGAAAACGAGUUCAGUAUACUUAUGAAAAACAAAAUAAACGGUUUGCCAAUUCCCGAAAAAAUUAAACGCUUCCUCAACUGCGACCUUGAUCAAUAAUUUUUAGCACUAAUGUGCUCGUUUUACUUUCUUAAGAUACCUAAAGUUUGUGUGUGGUUUUUAUUAAUUAACAAUAGAAAUUUGCUUUCUUACUUAACCAUUCUGGUGGUCCAAGUGCUCCCUGAGUUUUUACAUUAUUAUCACAUUAACAAUACUAAUUCUGUGUGUAUAUUUUAGGCAAAAUAAAUACCUUCUAACGUUAAGUUGUAGUUGGACUAAUGUACACCCAAUCAAAUUUCUCAAUUUAACUCUAGACGUGUUUAGAUAUUCUUAUUAAAUAUUUGUAUUUUGUGUGUAAUUAAUUAUAUACUAAUUUAUAUAUUAAUUUUGUCCAUGAUUGGCCUUAGCUACUAUGUACCUGUCAAUAUUAUUAUGAAUUGUCAUAAGUUUGUUUCUGCAUUACUUCACUGGUAUUAUUGUUUUUACAAAUUAUUUUUUAAAUACUGUA